AUGGAAAGAAAGAGACCAAAACUUCGCCUCUUUGUUGGACCGCCGGCGCGAACACAGUGGUCGGGGUGGCUGGUGGUUUCGGGAUCCCGUAGAAAUGCGUCUUUUAUGCCUCGGGUAUUAGCCACAGCUCGUAUUCAUUCAGUAAUUCUACCCCUUCAUCAUUCUUGGACCUCGCUUCUUAAUAUUUUGACUCUUCCAUGCUGUGUCUCAGGAACCUUUUCAAUACGGUCCGGAUUGCUAGCUCCCGUUCAUAGUUCUGCUACAGACGAUACACGAGGAAGAUUUUUAUGGUGGUUCUUCCUUCUAAUUACAGGCAUAUCGUUGAAUCUUUUCUACCAGAUGAAGCAGCAGGCAUCGGUCCUUAGAACCUAUAAAAAAGAGAUAGUUGUGGCGCGAAGUACUCUUGUGCACCUACGUCACUCGGCUCGCGCGCAACCCCGCCCCCUUAUGUUAUGGAAGAAUGACGCUUAUUGCUGGGCUGGUUAUUCAGAGCCAGCAAUUGGCUGCCGGAUUUCGUCCCGUCCGUAGCGCUUCGGAAGUCACUGUGGCGUGGCUGAAUGUAGAGCAGUCCGCUAGUUUCUUUGAUCCCACAAGGUCUUCCUUUUCAUUCGAUAAUCAACCGUCCUCCUAUGGAUCCCUUUGAUAUUAAUUUAUUGCAGGAAAGAAUUGAAACAAAAGUCACUUCCCUUAUCGAACAACAUGGACUUCAGUCCAUUUAUGGUGAUAAUUACACAUUCAUAGGACAGUGGUUACACGGAGAGAGUCAAAGUGUCGAUUUUCUGUUCUAUUUGUACACUGAUUUGAUCGAAUCGGGAAUAAACGGUUCUGCUUUCUACGAAGCGAUGAUGUGCUGGGUCCAAUAUUUUUGUUGCUAGUCUUUGGUUGGUUGGCAUUCCAAGUAGUAUAGAUCCCGAAUUACUCAAAUCCUUCUUAGAAAAAGGUGGCUUAACUAACGAAAGAAAGAUGGAACCAGAUGCUUCUUUAAAAGAAAGCGCUUUGCCUUACCUGUGAAUUGUAUACAAAAGAAAAAACGUGAUGAGCGUAGCCUACCUAAAAGAAGUACGCUAUGGUUCGACGGCCAAUGCGGCUUUCUCAUUCUUGUACUAGACCAACCUCUCGA